AGAAAUUUUUUAUUUUUACGGGAACAAAUACUCCUACUCCAUUGUUAAAGGCAAUACUAUAAUACUCGAGGGUUCACAAGCCACAAGGAGUAAUAUAAUACUCGCGUCUUAUAUAUAUACUCUGCUAAUUGUUCUCUUCGUUGUACAUUCAAUUUUUUUUUAUAUUUCGUUUCUCUCUCUACCCCUCUCCUCCUUCCGGUCUUCUCCAGACCAAAGAAGAAGAAAUAGCAUUGAGAAAAUUCAUCAAUAAUUCCACAUUACUUCCAUUUUCAGACUCAUACAGCUCUUAACGUCUUUCAUUCGUUAUCCGUUGUGUCCAGAUUGUUGUUGGGUUCGAUAAUUUUUGAGGGUUUAAUCCACUAGCUACAUUUGGGCCGAAAGAGAUCUGGAGAUUUCCUAUCCUAGAGAGAGAAAUUAAAGCCCAGAAAAGUCCCUGUUUUUACGGGACGUUUGAGCCGAUCGACGACUGUAGUCAGGCGAUCUAUCUGCCGGUUUUCUUGGCGAGUAAGAUUUCGAGAUUCUUGAGUGCGAUUUUAAUGUUUCUUUCCUUCAACGCCACUGGUUCAUAUCCAAAUGGGGAUAUGUAAAAAAGGAGAUUGCGAGUGACUGCGCGUUUUCUCUCUCCACGUAAUUCAUUUUUUCUCUCUCCUCUCUCUUGGGAAUUUGACGCGCGUGGUGCUGGGGCGAUGAGGACGGCUGAAACAGGCGACGACUCUUGCAGAUCGUGAUAAAGUCAAACGAUUGGUACAACUCCGUCGUGCUAAACCCGUUUCGGAUUCAAACUCUGCUCGACCCGUUUGCAACGAGGUGAAGAUGAUGAGAAUGAAGACUAAAACAACACCGCCGCCGCCGACAACCAACGGGAGCUCCGCCGCCGGUGAGUGGGAGGUGAGACCCGGAGGAAUGCUGGUUCAGAAGCGAACGGAUUCGGAUCAAACCCGUAUCCCACCGCCCACCAUCCGGGUCCGGGUCAAAUACGGGUCGGUCUACCACGAAGUGAACAUCAGCUCCCAAGCCUCCUUCGGGGAAUUGAAGAAGAUGUUAUCAGGGCCCACGGGCUUACACCACGAGGAUCAGAAGCUGAUGUACAAGGACAAGGAGAGGGACUCCAAGCAGUUCCUCGACAUUGUUGGGGUCAAGGACCGUUCGAAGAUGGUCCUGGUUGAGGACCCAAUUAGCCAAGAAAAAAGGUACCUCGCGAUGAAAAAGACUGCUAAGAUGGAAAAGGCUUCGAAAUCGAUCUCCGAUAUCAGUUUGGACGUCGAUAGGCUAGCUGGACAGGUAUCGGCUCUUGAAUCGGUGAUUUAUAAAGGUGGGAAGGUUGAGGAGAAGAUGUUGUUGAACCUGAUUGAAAUGUUGAUGAAUCAGCUGAUUAAAUUGGAUGGGAUUGUGGCUGAUGGGGAUGUGAAAUUGCAGAGGAAAAUGCAGGUGAGGAGAGUGCAGAAAUAUGUUGAGAUUCUUGAUGUGUUAAAGGUCAAAAACUCGACGCCUACGAGCAACGGAAGCGAAAUUCCGCAACAGCCAUCACCAGUUCAGCAGAAUCAACCACAGAGGCGCUCAAAUGGGGAAAUUUCUUCCCCGAAUCAACCUAAGUACUCAAAUGGACAAAUUUCUCCGCCAACUCAACAACCGAAGUACUCUAACGUAGAAAUUUCUUCCCCAAAUCAACAACCGAGGUACUCAAAUGGGCAAAUUUCGUCCCCAAGCCAACAGCAUCAUCAUCAACAGAGCUACUCAAAAGGGCAAAUUUCAUCGCCGAACAAGCAGCACCAGCCGAGGCAUUCGGUUGGGCAUUCGCCAAUCCAGACAGAGCCCCAACCUCAACAGCCGUCGAGGCAUUCAGCUUCCGGCGCAGCAGUGGUCAUAACCACGCAGUGGGAGACGUUCGAUCCCGCCCCACCUUCGACAUCAAACGCCGGUAAUCCAGUACAUCCCAAAUUCAAUUGGGGCUUGCUUGAGUAAAGCAAUGGGUGAAGUAUAUGUUCUAGUGUGUGUGGAUGCGUGCUUUUCAAAUUGUGUCAAGUUGGUUUGGUGUCUAUUCUCCAUUCUUUUGUGUAUUUAGAUUUUGCUAGCAAACCCCCUUUCUCAAUUGUUAUUCAGCAAUAAAUGGGGUUUUCAUUGAUAAAAGAUUAUACAUUGUUCUUCUUCUUCUCAUUUUCCUUGUUGUCCUCCUUAGCCAUUGCCAUUUUAUGUUUGUGGCAUUGGCAGUGAUGAUAAUAGUAUAUGUAUGUAGAUUUGUCACUUGAGAUAUAAUAAGGAUCUUAAGUGAAGGAUAAAUGCAUUAUGGGCUCGGACAUA